UCAGGGGACCUAAUAUCAGGACUUUUAUUUCGAAGACCUCACAUACAGGAAGUAACUGUGUUACGCUACCACCAAAACAGCGGUAGCAACGUGCGGGACAUAAACAAGCUAGGGUAAAUAUCCGCGUGGCAACCAGUAUGUAGAAGUUACAAGCAGCAAACUACUACUACAUCAAUCUAUUCAUUAUUUUGAUAGCCAACCACCGUUGUGCCAUCAUCCUAUUUUAGAUAUGGAGACCGGAGAUUCUAAGGUAACAUACGAAUUGCACAGAGCACGCGACGAAGGGAUUUACCGCCUAUCCCACAGGUACUGCCUGUAACAUGAUGAUGUCCUCGUGCUCCAUCCCCAGACCUGUGGCAGGUUGCAAACAGUUUUAGCGUGGACAGCGUACCUUGCCUCCUAUGCUAAGCCAAGAUGCCGGUGAUGACGUUCCGGUACCUAAGAACAAGAAGAAGAAGGUGAAACGAGGAGUGGACAGUGUGGAUGACCCAGAGGCCGACCCUGGGAUGGAGAUGGGGGGUGUAACCAGUCGCAGGGCGUCGCAGGCCAGUAAGCCCGUGACCCCUGAGUCUGAGGGCGCACCUCAAAAGAGGAGGAGGAAGAAGAAAGCCGCCACUAUAGAUCUGGAGGACGAUCAGGCCGACCUGGUCAAUGGGGGAAGUGCAGAUCAAAACACGGACGGGGAGGAAGUCGUCAAGAAACCAAAAAAGAAGAAGAAGCCCAAGGGGAUUGAGCCUCAGUAUACGGAGGAUCUGGACGUCGAGGAGGAUGACAUCAUCAGCGAUGGCCAGCCGCCCAUCCCCCACCAUUCCCUGUUCUCUGCCCCUGUGGGUCAGAGCCAGCCGGUGGGGAAGGUGUUUGUGGAGAGGACCAAGCGCUUUCAGCCAGCUGACCGCUUGGAGCGACAGAAGUUCAGCGAUCAAACAGACAACAACUACAUGGAGAUCCAGCCCAUGUGGACCACCAGAGACGUCUCCAUGAAGGUGCACUCUGGAUUCAGGGUUCUUGGUCUGUUCUGCCACGGGUUCCUGGCAGGCUACGCAGUGUGGAACAUCAUCAUCGUGUACGUUCUGGCUGGGCGGCAGCUGAGCGCUCUGCCUAACCUGCUGCUGCAGUACCACACCCUGGCAUACCCCACCCAGUCCCUUCUGUUCCUGCUGCUGGCUGUCAGCACCGUGUCUGCCUUCGACAGGGUUAACCUGGCGAACGGCUCCUCGGCUAUCAAAGAGUUUGUUACUCUGGACCCGGUUGCUUUAGCCUCAUUCUUGUAUUUCUCUGCUCUUGUCCUCUCUCUCAGCCAGCAGAUGACCAGUGAUCGCAUCAACCUUUACUCCACUUAUAAUCAAACUCUAUGGCCCCCUGGGUCCGAGCAGCAGGUCCUACACCCCUGGGUGAUCGUCAACCUGGUGGUGGCCCUGCUGGUGGGGCUGGCCUGGAUCUUCAUCUCCACACGCCCCGAGAUGGACUACACUGAAAGUUUCCUGAUGGCAAUGAAGAUAGACCCAGAGAAACCUGAGGAGAAACCACAGACGGCUUAAAUAGUUAUUGUUUUUGUGUUGCACAUAUUCUUUUAUACUGUAUUUUUGUUAGAAAAUCUGAUUGAAUGUGAAGUUGAUUCUGUAUGAUAAAUGGAAGACGUACCAUGGGAAAUUCUUCUAAAAAGAUUUUCUUCUAAAAUAAAUGUUAUGUCCAAUUUUAUAAUAAAAUGUAUCAAAGUACAACGUAUUGAAAUAGAUUCAAUAUUAGUAGUUGCAAGGAUGCACCGCAACGUCUGCACAUUUAAUCAAUAAGGAUCAU